AUUUAUACCCUGUUUUUUUCUCAUUUCUUCAUCUUAGAAAAUUCCCCUUAUUUUCUGAUUUUGCCCUCUUUUUUCAAUUCCCCUUAUCUUGCGGCCUAUUUUGCCUUCCUGCAUCUGCAAUGGCUCCAUCACGCAGACGUUCUGGGACAUCUCCUAAGAGUGGUCUCCGCAAACAGUACCGCCAAUUCCAGCUCUUCUCACUUGCUACUGAGAUUGCUCGAUUUAUUGGACAUCUCUCUAGCCCAACUGUUCCAGAGAAUCCCUGUCUGCCUCCUCGCAUCAUGCAGAGCACCUUUACGCGUAAUAUGGGAACACAGACCUCACCUGCCUUUAACCAACAGACCCAAACUUAUGAUGACAACCUUGACGAUGACACCUGCUUUUCUGACCACAGUCUUCUCCUUAUCCCUCACGCUGGUCUCCCACUGAUUAUUCUCCUACAUUUCCGGUCCAUUCACCCGAUUAUCUUGCUACCAUACCUUCACCCGACUCUGAGCCAGACUACUCCUUCAUGUCUUCUGCAGCUGCAGAAGCCCACAAGCUUUUUUAUCCCAUUAAACAUGCUUAGAUCUUCUCAAUGCUGUCUUUGUUCUUUGUCUAUUCAACACACUCAUAACAUCAAGGUGACUACAGAGCCUGCUUGGGUCACACCAAAGUGGGACAAACCCUGUCAAACCGGGGUGGACAAGACCCGAACUAAAUCAUAUAGCCUCUGUCAACAGUACGCAGUACCCAUCAAGACACAUCUGGCAGAGCUACCCAGGCUGCCAGGCCUAGGGGAGUGUGGGAACAAUAACCAGUUAGAUGUUACGGGUUGUUUGGACAAAAAGCAGGACAAGAGUUUAGAGUAG